AUGGCCUUGCCCAUCCCAGAUCUGCGGUUUGAAUAUACUUACCUGAAGCGUGUUAGACCGUAUGUUCACGUACAGAGAAAGACAGAGGAUAAGAACACGGACAAGGAAGGAGAGGAGGUAGCUGAGGAUACAGAGGGAGAGGAGGUUGUGACGGUGGAAUGGGGCAAAGUCAUCUGGAUUACGACCAGGGAUCAGGUCAUUUCACCGCUGCUCCAAGGUGCUUUAUGGGGAACAGCCUCCAUCUUUCUUCAGCCAAUGGCCGGCGCCCUCGGCUCUCAGCUACGCCAGUGGUGGCCCUUCGAAUCACCCAAGUCAAGAGGGAAGGAAGGGCGAGGCAUAGGGUAUUUGAGGACAUUGUUUGGUGGAAUUGGGAGCAAUGUACCGGGUAUCGCCAAGUAA